AACGUCUGUUGCUCCUUGAAUCUCUUGCUUUACUCUCUGCCUCGUUUUUCUUGCAAACUUUGUGCAUAUUUUUAAAACAGUUUGGGUUCAAAUGUGGCGCAGGUUAAUACUAAAGUGUUAACUGCCUGAGUUUGUCAAGACGUUCAUUCAUAUUUACUUCUGCCGUUUGUUUUAAAAACAGUUCAAAUUGAUUGUUUUGGUUCUCUUUUUAGACUUAUCUUUUUCUCAACUGUCAAGUGAAAGAUUUUUCCAAAGUGUAAUUUUAUUUUUUCUCAAUAUCUGUCUCCACCGUAGAGUGUAACAACGCAAGCAGUGAAGUGUUGGAAAAUUUCUUUGUUGAAAUACAUUUUUCAGCUCCUUAUUGGUCCAUUUGUGUUGAACUUAUUCAAAUAUGGGCAGUUUUCAACCCUCCUGACACUGAUCAUUCCCAAUCAAAGUUCAAAAUACUCAGUAGCAUACUCUUUGAACUAUAUUCAUUUGACAAUUUUCAUCCAAAGAUGUUUUGAAAAAAAAUUGAAUGGAAAAGAUUUUUUUAGUGAAAGACUCGUAUUAGAGACUGGAGUGUGAAGUAUUGAAAGUUGAUAUUUUUCUCAAAAAUAUCGUUAAAAAUGGCUGGUGUCAUGUGUUUGAGAGAAUUUGCUUUGAUACUGAGCUUAGCAAUUGUAUCGAAUUAUAUAAGUGCAGCUUCUGCCAGUAUAAUUGUGUCCAGUGUGAAUAGUGCCCAGUUCCAUCACAUAGAAUGCAAGGAAGAUCAUGACUGCUACGACUUCAGGUUAAUUUGUGACAAGAACAACCAUACAUGUCAAUGCACACAGUUCUAUUAUUGGGACGAGGGUCAUAAGGAAUGUAUUCUAAACACCAGAUCACUUGAAGUUUGGCUCGGAAAUCUGUCUGUAGAGCCAGAUCCAUCAGAUAAAUCAAGCUCCCGAAUUGAAAGCAUGUUUUGGGUACAAGCAUUUGCUGGGAUAACAGCUAUUACUAUUCUAAUUCUUAUAUCGAUUGUAUGUUUUGUUGUUUUCUGUUAUUGUAAUAAAGAAACUCAUAGUGAUAGGGAAGCCAUGCUAGCAAAUAAAUAGGAUUAUUGAGAGUUAUACUGUUUUGGAAAUAAAAUUUUCUAUUCUCCUCUA